CUUCGCUUCGCACCAAUAUGGAGGGCCACUCCCGCCCCCGAUAAAUCGCUCCCCAUUUCCCCCAAUUCCGAGCGAGCGAGAAAUAGGGACGAUGGCGUCGGUCGGUGGAAUCAAGGGCUUCUACCGCGAGAAGAAGAAAGGUGGAGUGACGAAGCCCUCCCCUAAGCCGCAUUCCGCCGCCGAUCGGGCCUCCUCUUCCACUCUCAGGUCCUCCGACGUCCAAGAGCAAGAGAAGGAGGCGGAGGAGAGGCUGAGGCAGUUCGACAUGGACAUGAGGUACGGGCCAUGCCUUGGUCUCACCCGGAUGGAGCGCUGGGACCGGGCGGCCGCCAUGGGCCUCAACCCGCCGCCUGAAGUGGAGGCCAUCCUCCUCAAGUGCUCCUCCACCGCGGCUCUCGAGUGCCUCUGGGAGGGCCGCGUCUAAACCAGUGAAUCGAUAGGUUGCCCUCCACGUAGAUGGUGAAAGAAAGUGGAGAUGCUCCUUUUCUGUUUGUUCUUUUGUGUCGAAGAAAAAUGUGCUCCUUUUCGUGUCCCCACUUCAUUUCCUGUAAUAUGGCUUGGCUUAUCUGAAAGUAUGACUUCUAGACCAGAAACUUUAUUUUGUACUAACUUUUUGGUGAGAAUUCUGUAUUACCUAAUCCAUCUCUUUUGUUGCUGACAUUCUGA